AUGGUCAUCAAAUUCGGCAUCGUAGGCUAUGGCAAUUCCGCCAAGACCUUCCACCUUCCAUUCAUCACUGCUGUUCCAGAAUACGACCUUGUAGCUAUUCUUCAGCGAGCCGAAGCCCCUGCAGACCCAUCCUCUGCGUCAAAAGGCUCACACUGCACUGUCGAUUUCCCUCACGUUAAGCACUAUCGCGAGGCCGAUAAGUUCUUUGCCGACGAUGAAAUCCAGUUCGUUGUUGUCGCUACACACCAUGACACACAUGCUCAGUUCGCUGAAAAGGCACUCCAAGCGGGGAAACAUGUAAUUGUGGAUAAACCAUUUGCUGUGACAUCCGAGGAGGCCGACAAGGUCAUCAAACUGUCCGAGGAGAAGGGUCUUAUCCUUACAUGUUUCCAGAAUCGACGAUGGGAUGCCGAUUUCAGGACGCUGAGUCACCUCAUUGAGAAGGGUGCACUUGGCGAUAUAAAAGAAGCGGAACUGCACUACGACUUUGAAUCACCAUCAUGGAUGUAUGGGUUGGGAGCCAAGUUCAUUCCUGGCGCCGGAAUGUCUUACGGACUGGGAACACACAGCCUGGACCAAGCUCUUGUCCUCUUUGGUCGGCCAAAGUCCGUCACGGGUUUCUUCCGUGUUCAACGCGACGCCGAGAGCGAGGUAGAAGACUCGUUCACGAUUAUUUUGCAGUACGAUGGUGCGCAGAAGGAUCUUCUCGUCACUGUGAAGACGUCUGUAAUUACUCCUAUGGCGCAGCAGCUAAAGCAGCUAGUUCGAGGAACGAAGGGUUCUUUUGUCAAGUUCCAACAGAACAGCACUUGCAUCACAGAAGAUCACAUCGCUGCGGGGCUCAAGCCACUCGACGAAGGCUUUGGUGUAGAGUCUGAGAAGCUGCGAGGUACUCUGACCACAUACGAAGAGUUUGACGGCAAGGUGCAGAAGUAUGAUGAAGUCACCAAGAAGUAUGUUGGACAGUAUCCGACUGUUCCAAGCCGAUGGGUAGGGCUAUAUGAAAAUAUCGCAGAUGCUAUCAACGGCAAGGCGGAGUUGGUCGUGAAACCUACACAAUCACGGGAUGGACUGAGGAUCAUCGAGCUUGCGAGGGAGUCUCAUGAGAAAGGUGUAACGAUUACAUGGUCAUAG